AAAAUGGCGCGGACGAAGCAAACCGCUCGCAAAUCAACAGGCGGGAAAGCGCCGAGGAAGCAGUUAGCUACUAAAGCUGUUAGAAAGAGCGCCCCAGCGACCGGGGGGGUCAAGAAACCCCACAGGUACCGUCCCGGCACCGUCGCGUUGAGAGAAAUAAGGAGAUACCAGAAGAGCACAGAGUUACUGAUAAGGAAACUGCCGUUCCAGCGGCUGGUGAGAGAAAUCGCGCAGGACCACAAGACAGAUUUGAGGUUUCAGAGUUCGGCCGUAAUGGCGCUGCAGGAGGCCAGCGAGUCGUAUUUGGUGGGCCUGUUUGAGGACACCAACUUGUGCGCGAUACACGCCAAGAGAGUUACGAUCAUGCCGAAGGAUGUACAGCUUGCGAGAAGGGUCAGGGGCGAGCGCGCGUAA